CACCCAGCGAUGGCGGAGGGGAGGAGCAGGGAACCAUGGAGCUGUAUUUCGGUGAAUAUCAACAUGUGCAGCAAGAAUAUGGCGUCCAUCUGAGACUCGCAAGUGACGACGGCAAAAAGUCACGGAAUUCCCAGCCCUCGAAGGCAGGCUCCUAUGGUGUCAGUAUCCGGGUACAGGGAAUUGAUGGCCACCCCUACAUAGUCCUGAAUAACACAGAGCGGUGUAUGGCUGGUCCAUCUUUUCCUGAAAAUGGGCCAUCAUUCCCAUCUCCGGUGAGAAGUAAUCUGCCCCUGCAUUCCAGCAACGGGUCUGUGCUGGAGGAGAGCAGCGCCGAGGAACUGCAGCUCCCAGAAAAUCCUUACGCCCAACCCAGCCCAGUGAGAAACCUGAAACAGUCCUCUCUCUUUGAGGGCAAGAAUGGGGUUCUCGAAUGCAAAGAGGGGCCAGGGAAGCCAUCCCACAUGUUGAACUUUCAGAGGCAUCCCGAGCUUUUGCAGCCCUAUGACCCUGAAAAGAAUGACUUGAACUUAAAAAACCCCCAGCCUCCUGAGAGUAAUUGGCUGAACACUCGAACAGAAGAAAGUUCCAACAAUAAGCAGGCUGGGACUCGCUUCCCGAAACCUAGUAAUUCUCAGCCUACCGGCCCUCCUUUGGAAGAUGUGGGCAAAUCAAACGUGAUGGCCAUUCGUUUGUGCAGCUCUGUGGUCAUUGAUGACCCCAAGAAGCAGACCUCCGUGUGUGUAAAUGUUCAGAGCUGCACCAAGGAGGGGCUGGUGGAGGAGGCCCUGUCCCCUAGCGGGAGGUCCCUAACGGCCCACAGCCCACACACCCAUCCUGAGACCAAGAAGGCCAGGCCUGACGUGCUUCCCUUCCGGCGGCAGGAUUCGGCGGGACCCGUCCUGGAUGGAGCUCGGUCCCGGAGGUCCUCUUCCUCAUCGGCAACUCCCACUUCGGCCAACUCUCUGUACCGAUUUUUACUUGAUGACCAGGAAUGUGCCAUCCAUGCCGACAAUGUGAACCGUCAUGAAAACCGACGCUAUAUCCCCUUCUUGCCAGGAACUGGGCGGGAUAUUGAUACAGGAUCAAUUCCUGGUGUGGACCAGCUGAUUGAAAAGUUUGACCAAAAACCCGGGCUCCAGAAGAGAGGAAGGUCUGGGAAGCGAAACAGAAUCAACCCGGAAGACAGGAAGCGGUCCAGAAGCGUGGAUAGUGCCUUUCCUUUUGGUCUCCAGGGGAACCCCGAGUACCUAAACGAAUUUAGCCGGAACCUGGGCAAGUCCAGCGAACACCUUCUCCGCCCGUCUCAGGUGUGCCCGCAGAGGUCACCGGCUCAGGAGCACCGGGGGAGACAGAGCGUGGGCCGGGCCUUCGCGAGGCUGCAGGGGGCCCACCUCAGGCCCCCCCAGCAGAGCAAAGAUGGGAAAGUUCCAGAAAACAAAAGUGGUCAGGAGAGUACAGACACACACGCUUCUUCCCUCCCAGCACAGAAUAAAAAGGAGGAGGAAAUAAAAACAGCCACGGCGAAGCUGAUGUUACAGAAUCGGCCACCAGCAACUUUGCCCGACUCUGGCGCCAAGAAGAUUUCUGUGAAGACAUUUACUUCCACCUCCAAUACUCAGGCCACUCCGGAUCUGUUGAAAGGCCAGCAAGAGCUCACUCAACAAACCAAUGAGGAGACGGCCAAGCAGAUACUUUACAAUUACCUCAAAGAGGGAAGCACCGAUAAUGACGACGCCACUAAAAGGAAAGUCAACCUGGUCUUUGAGAAAAUCCAGACUUUGAAGUCUCGGGCAGCAGGGAGCACACAAGGAAAUAAUCAAGCUUCUAAUCCUUCGUCCGAAGUCAGAGAUCUAUUGGAACAGAAAAACAAGUUGACCACAGAAGUGGCUGAACUUCAGAGACAGCUUCAACUAGAAGUCAAGAAUCAGCAGAACAUGAAAGAAGAGAGAGAGAGAAUGAGAGCAAGCUUGGAAGAGCUCCAGGGCCAGCAUGACAGUAAAGUGGAAGAGAAUUCCGUGUUGCAACAGCGCCUGGAAGAGAGCGAAGGGGAGCUCCGGAAGAACCUGGAGGAACUAUUCCAGGUGAAGAUGGAACGGGAACAGCACCAGACCGAGAUCAGGGAUCUUCAGGACCAGCUGUCAGAAAUGCAUGAUGAAUUAGACAGCGCUAAACGAUCUGAGGACAGGGAAAAGGGAGCUCUGAUUGAGGAACUCCUACAGGCAAAACAGGAUCUUCAAGAUCUGCUCAUCGCCAAGGAGGAGCAGGAGGAGCUCUUGAGGAAGCGGGAGCGGGAGCUCACCGCCCUGAAGGGAGCCCUGAAGGAAGAGGUCUCCAGCCACGACCUGGAGAUGGACAAGCUGAAGGAGCAGUACGACGCGGAGCUGCAGGCCCUGAGGGAGAGCGUUGAAGAAGCCACCAAGAACGUCGAGGUCCUGGCCAGUCGGAGCAGCGCGUCGGAGCAGAGCCAGCACGGGGCUGAAAUGCACGUGAAGGCUCUGCAGGAGGAGAACGAGAAGCUGCGGGGCAGCAUCGAGGAGCUGGAGCAGCGCGUUGCCCGCCUGCGCGAGCAGAUUGCCGACAUGAAGGGCGACGAGGCCCGAGCAAAGGAAAUGCUCAAGAAGUGCGAGAGCGAAAGCCGGCAAUUAGAGGAGGCCCUCGUGCAGGCAAGAAAGGAAGAAAGAGAAGCCGUAUCAGCCAGAAGGACCCUGGAGAGCGAGCUGGAAGACGCUCAGAGAAAUCUGAGUCGGGCCACCCAGGAGCAGAAGCAGUUGUCUGAAAAGCUCAAAGAUGAGACAGAGCAGAAGGAGCAGUUAAGGAGACUGAAGAACGAGAUGGAGAAUGAACGGUGGCACCUGGACAAGACCAUUGAGAAACUGCAGAAGGAGAUGGCUGACAUUGUCGAGGUGUCCCGCGUAUCAACCCUGGAGCUCCAGAACCAGCUGGAUGAGUACAAGGAGAAAAAUCGCAGAGAGCUUGCAGAAAUGCAAAGGCAGUUGAAGGAGAAAUCCCUGGAGGCCGAAAAGUCACGUCUGACUGCCAUGAAACUGCAGGAUGAGGUGCGCCUGAUGGAGGAGGAGAUACGGGACUACCAGCGAGCUCAAGACGAAGCACUCGCGAAAAGGCAGCUUCUGGAGCAGACGCUGAAGGACCUGGAGUACGAGCUGGAGGCCAAGACUCACCUCAAGGAUGACCGAGGCCGACUCGUCAAGCAGAUGGAGGACAAGGUGUCUCAGCUGGAGAUGGAACUGGAAGAAGAAAGAAAUAACUCGGAUUUGCUGUCUGAGAGGAUCACUCGGAGCCGGGAACAGGUGGAGCAGAUGAGGGCCGAGCUCCUGCAGGAGAGAGCCAUCAAGCAGGACUUGGAGUGUGACAAGAUUUCCCUGGAGAGGCAGAACAAGGACUUAAAGAGCCGGAUUCUCCACCUGGAAGGUUCCUACCGGUCCAACAAAGAGGGGCUGGUGGUGCAGAUGGAGGCCAGGAUCGCUGAGCUGGAGGACCGUCUGGAGAGCGAGGAGAGGGACCGGGCCAGUCUCCAGCUCAGCAACCGCCGGCUAGAGCGGAAGGUGAAGGAGCUGGUGUUGCAGGUGGAUGAUGAGCACUUGUCGCUGACCGACCAGAAGGACCAGCUGAGCCUGCGCCUGAAAGCCAUGAAGCGACAAGUGGAGGAGGCGGAGGAGGAGAUCGACAGGCUGGAAAGUUCUAAGAAGAAGCUGCAGAGGGAGCUGGAGGAGCAGAUGGACGUGAACGAGCAGCUGCAGGGGCAGCUCCACGCCAUGAAGAAGGACCUGAGCAGACUUAAGAAGCUGCCGAGCAAGGUGCUGGACGACACGGACGAUGAUGACCUCAGUACGGACGGGGGGAGCCUCCAUGAGGCGCCGCUGAGCUACACCUUCCCCAAGGACAGCACUGCCAUCAGCCAGAUCUGAGGCCCCUCCCGGGGCUGCGGCGGCCACCAGUCAUGCCUUGCGGGGCCCAGCAGCCAGCCGCCCGCAGCAGGGAGCAGGAGAGGCAGCGUCUACGCAGGGCGGACCCCGGAGACCCCCGCGCCUCCUCCUCACAGAACAGGCUGACUCUUCCACGUUGCAUCCCUCCCGGGGUCUCUGAGUGGUGGCACACCUCUCCUCGGCCGGACAGCUAGCAGUUUAAAUGCUGAUGCACAAGGCAUAGGAGCCACCACUCACUGUGGGGUUUGGAGGCUCUAAUUCGGCAGGAGGGAGCUCAGGUUCUGCAUAGCUGUCUGCCUUACCGUUUGUAGUGGUGCUCCUGCCCCCUCCUCCCUCCCUGGCUGAGGGAAAGGGCCCAAAAUGCUAACUGUUAUCAAAUAGCCAUUGUGCGGGGGAGGAGAUGAUGUAUAGACUGUACAUAUUUGAAUACAGAUUCUCCUGGGCUGCUGCUGUUUCCACUGUGGAAUGUUCCAGAAGCUUCGUGGGGCAGCUUGUUUGUAAACUCCACACAUCUGUCUUACUAUUUUUUAAAAACAUGGAGCUACUAGAUUUUAAGUAUUAAGAUGCAGAGAUGAGAGAGGGUAGAACACCAAGACUACUUUUGACAUCAGAGAAAAGGGAUUGUCAUAGUGAUAAGGGAUAAUUAAUCCGGAGAAGAGAAAUUCAAGUGGUGUUGGUGAACAACUUACAGAAGGAGAGAAAGUCAGAAGUCACUGGUCUCUGUGGCCUGCUUACUAAUUUUAUCUAGAAUGAUGUUACAAUUUCUGAACCAUGCUGAGACCAAUUCCCAGUCACCAACUGCAAUUUCUUUGCCACAGUUGGGGCGGGGAGACUUGUAAGUCAGGUUUUGACAGAUGAUGUGGUUUCCAGAGGGUUGGGGUCCUUCUGUCAUUUCUUAUUGGUCCUUUCCUCUCCACCCACGUCAGGCCUUCGGUGGCUGCUGGGUGUGGAGUGGGAAGGUGUGAGGAAGAGGCGGGUGGCCUCCAGGAAGGUCAUGGGAGAGGGAGGAGAGGAGGUAAGCAGGCGUGUGCGCCUGUGGGGAAGCAGGGAGAGAGGGAAGUUUGUGAAAGCUGGGGGAUGUGUAGACAAGGGGCGGACUGAGCCGGAUCUUGAGUUUAUGUCAGGAAAGUGAGGGGGAUAAAGCUAGACAGGAGGUGUGUCUGUGCAGACUGGAAGGCUCCCCCUGACUUCCUGGGACAGAGGGACAUGGGCCAGCACCAGGCACGAAGUAAGCGGGGUUCGGUGAGUUCUGGGGCGAGGCCACAUUGCUGGGGCAGCAUCACAGGGAGGGAGGAAUUGGAAACUUGCAGUCUUGCCUGGCCUUCCUGGUGUCACUGCCCACUGUGACCGGUCCCAGGGAUGCCCAGAGACCAAGUCCAGGCACAGGCAGGCCCCCACAGGUCAGGGCCUGGGUAGAGUGGACAGUUGAAUAGGGCCAUGGCCCGCGAGAGAACCACAUAGGAUGUACAUGUAUACAGGGGCAGAGAGGAUUGUGUUCAGUUGGGUCAGCAGUGUCCCCAGGUGUCCUAAGAGAUGGCAAGCCCAUGGACCAGAGAACUCCAUGACAGUUACCAGAGGAGCAGGGAGCCCUACCUACCCCAGGUCACAGAGCCCACUGAAUAGGAUUCAGAGUGAUCAGAGUGAUUGCCUGCUUUAAGGGCUGGUGUCACCACCCCCUUCCCCAACAGGCGGGGCUCCUGGAGCCUGGACAGCCAAGCCCUCCUCCUCCUCUGCUGGCUCGGAAUGAACCUUGCCUCUGCUUACUCAUUUGAGGCGUGGAGAGAUUUGUCCCUUUUGCCAUUCAUUCAUAGAGCCAGUAAUUAUUGGGCAUCCACCAUGUGUCAGUCACAGUCCUUGGCACCGGGAACACAGCCGUGAAUACAACAGACCCAGAUCCCCUCCUAGAGUGCAGAACCAUAGUCAUACAAAGGGGCACAGAGGCCGAGCCCCUCCAUACCCAGCCCUGGAGCCCCUCUGUCCUCUUGGGGACACAACAGGCCUGACUCACUGGAAUUCCCAGGGAGUUCUCCAAAACUCAAUAUAUUCCUGAUUUCCCUGCUGCUUCCACUGUUAUUAGCUGUUUGCUAAGAGGUCUGCCUAAAAAUGCCUCAGCCCAUUUGUAACUACAGGUGGGAGCAGAGAAGGUCAGAGGUGAAAGAACUUUAGGGGGCAAGUGUCUCUCUGGGGUUUGUGAGAAAGUCACUGUUCCUGGCCAGUUUUUGUGGUUACCGGGAGGCUGGCUGCAAGAAGCAAAGGUAUGCGUGGAAAGAGAACAGAGAUCCCUGUGAAAAAGCCUUGCAUCCUCAUGGCCAAAGAUGGGCCGUUGUAAAUGUUAACCCAGGCGACACUCUACAUGGGCAUGGCGCUGGCGGUGAGGCAUGCAGUGUAAUGGGGUGGGAAGAACAGGCAGCUGGGGCUUGAGAUAUUUUCAAGUCCUCACUCCCCUUGCCCCGGUGACCUUGACAGGGGUGACCUUGAUGGGGCAUGUGCUCUCAGUGCCCAAGAUCGUCUAGGAUAAAUGAGAACUGUGGUGCAAGGUCCUUUCCAACUCUGACAUGCUCUUAUUCUUUGAUUUUAUUAUAUACUCCUUCCUCCCUCUCCCGUUUAUUGCUUUAAGAACUAACCCUACUUAAUAUUUUCUUUAGCUAGCUUAAAAAGAAAAGAAAAUAUUUUAUUUAAUAAACCAAUAUGUGGCCAAAUGCAAUGCCGAGGAGACAAUCAUCGUAUAUCUUUUUAAUUUUUUUUUUUCCCUGAUUUGGAGCAUCCUUUGACAAAGGCAAGAAGCUUAUUCUUUUGCACUUGGACUUUGGGGAUGUUUGACUGCUUUGGGUUGUCAUGGGGAAGAGAUGGUUGUGGGCAGCUACCUCCAUGUACGUGAACUGGAUGAAGCAAGAUUGCCUUUCAAUAAAUGCUGUCACCCGACAGGAAUCUUGA